CCCUGUAGAGAAAUCGAAACUGAGCUGUUCGUCCUUCCUCUUCCAUACCUUGAGUUGAUUUUUUUUCUUUCAAUUAAAAAUCAAAAUUUAUCCGUUUUCUCUCUGAUCCUUUUUUUUCUCUCUCUAUCCAAAAGCUUCUCUGCCUCUCCCUCCAAGUCCUAAGAAUACGAACAGCUCGUCCAGCCGGAUUAUCUGGGUCCUAGCUUCUCCUUGUUUCCUAUUGUCUUUCUCCUGUUGAUUUUCUCUGAUUUGACAACAGAUCAGUUCUCAAGCUGUAGAUUGCUGAUUUCUUUCAUCAAUGGGAGAAGCUGAGAAUGCUGUUCCACCUUCAAAGAAAAGGGCUGCUGGAAGAGAGCUCUGUCGAGACACUCCUAUUGAUGAGGAGGAAGAUACCGCAGGGCUUGAAUCUGGAACUUUCAAGAGGGCCAGUGAUGAGGUUCUUGCAACCAGGAGAAUUGUCAAAGUUCGCCGCCAACAGCAUAGUUCUGUCCUAUCUUCAAAUCCUUUUGCUGGAAUACGUUUGGUUACUCACACCGAAUCUAGUGCUAAUCCUGCUGAGACUACUACUGAAGCAUAUUUGGCCAGUGAAAGCACCACUGCAGAUAAUACAAAAGGUGCUGAUUGUAUAACCAAGGAUUCUGGAAAGAGUAGAGAUGGGGAUGAUAAUCAGUCUGAGAUCAGAAUUAGUGAGGUGGAGGAUCAAAAUGCUAGAAAUAAGGAUGCUCCGGAAGAAAGCACUGAAAAGGAGUAUACGGUAGAGGAGAAUGUCAAUAAUAAACCUGACGUGGAUAAUGACCAAAGUAAGAAUGGCAAUAACAAUGAAAAUGAGGAUACUUGUAUGAGAGGCAGGAAAAGUGCUAGUGACUUAGAUAGAGAAAACGCUGAACAUGACAAUGAUACUGAAACAGAUUAUAAGAAAGGUAAAGAAGUUGAAAGUGGAGAGCCCAACGCAGAAAGUGGCCAUUUUAAGUCAUUUCAACAACUUUCAAGCAGCCAAAAUGCCUUCACAGGUCUUGCUGGCACUGGAUUUUCUUCUUCAUCAUUUUCUUUUGGGUCUGUAUCAAAUGACGGUUCUGCUUCUGCUUGUAUUUUCGGAACAAACAAUGGAAAGCCUUUUGGUCUAGGUUUAUCCAGCAAUGGGAGUUCUGUAUUUGGGGUGUCUACAAGCUCAGUUGCUUCUACGAGUGAUGGAAGUGGCCUUUCAAAGACGCAGGAAGUUGCGGUUGAAACUGGUGAAGAAAAUGAGAAAGUGGUUUUUAAUGCAGAUUCUGUAUUAUUUGAAUUUGUGGAUGGAAAUUGGAAGGAAAGAGGAAAAGGGGAAGUGAAGGUCAAUGUUACUUCAGUUGGAACAGAAAAAGCCAGACUUCUUAUGAGGUCAAGGGGAAAUUUCAGGUUGAUUUUGAAUGCUCGCCUUUAUCCUGAUAUGAAGCUAACAAAUAUGGAAAAGAGAGGGGUUACUUUUGCCUGCAUGAACAGUGCCAAUGAUGGGACGGAUGGUCUCUCAACUUUUGCUUUGAAGUUCAAAGAUGGCUCCAUCGUUGAAGAGUUUAAACUUGCUAUCAUGGCGCACAAUGACAAAGGUGAGGCGUCUAGAGGUCUAAAGAACCCAGAAAAUUCGCCUUCUGACAGGGACAAAAACUAGGGAAAAUUUCUUAGGUAUCUGUUAUUAAAUUUUUAAUAAAAUAGAGACUGGUUUUGGGUUAUCAAGUCAUGUGUGCAGUGAUGAGCUUUGGAUAAUAGAUAUCCACAUGUUAUAGGUAGUCUGUAUUUUGUCAUAGCAGAUCCAUGUUUUAUGGGGUCAAAAUUGUCUAUAUAUAUUAUAUACAUAUAAGAACUUUACAAGUACACUUUUUAUGAGACAUGAACAUAAGGGCUCAUUUCUAUGGU